AUGGCAUUGCUCUCCGUCCUCGAGACCAUCCCUCUCUCCGCCCUUGCUGUGGCAUUGGCUUUGCUCUUCGCCCUCUACAAACACAUCGUCCACCCAGUCUUCUUCAGCCCACUCGCCGGCAUUCCCAACGCCCAUUGGUCCGCUCCCCUCUCCAGACUGUGGAUCCUCAACCACCGUCGCUGCAGACGAGACACCUUUGCUGUACACAAGGCUCACCAAGACUACGGACCAAUCGUUCGUCUGGCGCCCAAUGAAGUCUCCGUCAACUCCGUCGACGGUGGCCUGCGCGUCAUCUACGCCGGCGGCUUCGAGAAGGGCGAUUGGUACUCCAACGUCUUCUCCAACUACGGCGUCAAGCCCAUGUUCGCCAUGGAGGAGCACGCGGCGCAUAGCAGGCGCAAGCGCAUGGUCUCGAACAUCUACGCAAAGUCGACCGUGCAAGGCAGCCCGUCCAUGCAGCGCAUCGCCAACAUCUUGCUCGACGACCGUUUCAUUCCCGUCCUGAAGGUCUUGGCCGCUUCCGACCAGCCCGUCGAGUUCUACACUGUCUUCGGCGCCAUCACCACCGACUUUACUUCCGCGUACGUUUUCGGACUGCAAAACUCCACCAACUACGUACAGCAGCCCGAAAUGGGCGUCAAGUUCUUCGGAGACUUCAAAGCCCGCCAGCAAUAUCAGUUUUGGCCGCAAGAAUUGCCUCGCUUUACCGGGUUCUUGCAAUACAUUGGCCUGCUGCACUGGAUUGUACCGUCGUGGGUGGGCCCAGCGAACCAAGACCUGGAAAACUGGGUUAUCGAAAUGAGCGACAAGUCUGAAGCAACUGUAAGACUGGAUGGUUCGCUGCAGGAAGAUCACCCGGAAGACUGGCCCACGGUCUAUGCGCAAUUACGAAGUGCCUUUCUCAAAGAGGCAGAGACGAAAGAAGGCCGCGACGUGUCAGUUGAGAAGGUCGUGGCAGACCACAGACUGGCGAUUGCAAGUGAACUGCUGGAUCAUACCCUCGCAGGCUUCGACACGAGCUCCAUUACAUUAACCUUCCUGGCGUGGGAACUGAGUCUUCUCCACAAUGCGCAAUGGCAGGAAAGGCUGCAUGAAGAGCUCAAGGGGCUGCAGCCUGGGUGGGAUGCUAAAGAGAUUGACGCACUGCCGGUGCUGCACGCCGCGUUGAUGGAAACACUGCGCUUGCACGCAGCAAUCCCCGGCAAUCAGCCCCGGAUCACCCCUGCAGGCGCCUCGCUCGGGCCGCCAGAGCACACGAUCAAGGGUGUGCCAGCCAAUGUGCGUGUACAAGCGCAAGCUUGGAGUCUGCAUCGCAAUGCAGAGGUCUUCCACGACCCCGAGACCUGGAACCCCGGACGGUGGCUGGACAGCAGCGCGGCGGAGCUCAAGGAGAUGCAACGAUGGUUCUGGGCGUUUGGCUCGGGGGGUCGGAUGUGUGUGGGCAGCAAUCUUGCCAUGGUCAACAUGAAGGCCAUCAUCGCUGCCAUCUGGGGCACUUUCAAGACCAGCGUGGCCGCUGACGAUGGCAUGGUGCAUAAUGGAGGUUACGUUGCUGAGCCAAUCGGAAAGAACGGGCAUUGUUUGUUGCUGACGCUGGAGAGUCGUUGA